AUGCUGCUGCUCCUGUGUCUGCUGCUGCUGCUGCCUCUGCUGGCCUUGUGGGCGAGGGCCAGGCCCUGCGCCAAGCUGGCUAGCUGCAGGAAGAGCACUGGGGGGAAAAGGCCUUCUUUGAAGGCGCUGGAGCUAGUGUCUAAACCCUCCGAGAGGGCACAGGUUCGAUUCCUCCCAUGUCGAAACUUUAUGUGGCCCCAGUAUCUGCCCUGCACCUGCGUGGGCGCCUGCAAGCCGGGCUGCCCCUGCGCCGGCGACGCCAACUUCUGCGAGAAGUACUGCGCCUGCCCCUGCCCCUCCCCCCUCCCUCGCUGA